AUGCACUCCUACUUAUUGUUUAGAAUGUUUAAAUUUAUAAAUUUGUACUAAAUUGUGCUACUAAUUUUUAGUUAAUCUUAAUGUGCAUCCUAUAUCUAAGGAAAAUUUAAUCAAACUGAUAAAUCAAUUGGUUAUUAUAUUAAUUUGGCUAUUUUUAAAUGUGUUACUAUUUCUGGAGAUUUAAUUGUUGCUGGAGCUGAAAUGUGCGAUGAUGGAAACGAUAAUCCUAUCGAUGGAUGUAAUAUGUGUGCUAAUUUAUGUGAUUUAUGUAUUUUUGGUGUUUGUAUUUCUGCUUAAUUUUCAAUCAUUAAUACCAAAUGCAAAUCAGAAUUUUACUUAUUAAACAACAAUGGUAAAUGUGCUCCUAUAUGUGGAGAUAAAAUUGUAUCAUACUACUAAGAAUAGUGGGAUGAUGGUAAUUUAAUUUCUUAUGAUGGAUGCGAUUUAUGGCAACUAACUUGUUAAGAAUAAUUUAUGUCAUGCCUUUUUUUGUAAAUGUUAACAAUGUAAUUAAGGAUAUAAAUUAAAUUAAAAACUAAAAUAGUGCAUUUCAACAUGUGGAGAUAAUAUACUAUCUUCAGUGAUGGUAUUAUCUCAAAAUUUCAAUAUUGUGAUGAUUUUAACUUUAUAAUCGAAGAUGGAUGUUCAAAUUAUUCAUUUUAAUGUGAAAAAACUUGUAAUCUAUGUUCCUUUGGAAUUUGUGUAUCCUGUCAAAAUGGGUAUUAUUUAAAUUAAUCCAAAAAAUAAUGUUUUCCUAUUUGUGGAGAUAAAAUGAUUUAAGGAGAUUCUGGAUGUAUUAAUUGUCAAUUAUAUGCUCUCCAUAAUGUUAAAUUUGCACAUACGGUUAAUGUUUAAAAUGUAAAGAGUCUUUAGGAUUGUAUUUAAAUUAUGAAAAUGAUAAUUGUUACACUUAAUAUGGAGAUUCAAUUAUUAGUGACUAUGAAGAAUGUGAGGAUUCUAAUUCUUAAUUAAACAAUGGAUGCAAUUAAUGCAUUUUACAAGUUAGAAUGAAUGUUCAAAAAGUAUUUUUGGAUAGUGUUAACAAUGUGAUUAUGGAUAUACUUUAAUUAAUAAUAAAUUUAAAUCAGUAUGUGAUGAUGGUAUAAAACCUGGGAAUGAAGAAUGUGAUAUAGGAAUAAUUAAUUUAAUGGAUUAGAAUAUGUUAAUUGCAUAAAUUUUCAGAUGGUUGUAAUAAUUGUGUUUAUGGUUAAUGUUUAAAAUGUUAAAAUAAUUUUGGAUAUUAUUUUAAUUUAAAUAAUUUAUGGGAAUCAAAAUGUGGGUGAAAAUUGUGAUGAGUUUUAGGAAUCAUGUAUAAGUUAUAAUUUUUUAUGGGAUAUUAAUUGUGAUUAAUAUUAAUUUGGAAUUUGCUAAAGUUGUAAAGAUGGAUAUCAAUUAUUAUUAAAUAAAUGCAUUUGUAUUUGCGGAGAUAUAAUUUAAAAUAAAUAAUGAAGAUUGCGAAAAUGAUGAUAUUAUUCCUUUUGGUAGUUGUUAUUUAUGUAAAUAUUAAUGUUAAAAUGAAUGCUAAUAAUGA